AUGCGGUCCGUGCACCUCCGCUCUUGCUGCCCAGGUCGCGACGAGCCCACCGCCGCGCUGCCCCCGCUCUGCAGAAGCCGUCAUUGGCCUGGGUACAAUCUCGACAGGAUACAUGGGAAGCACCAAUGCGUGCUGCUUGCAUGUCAAUCCUGGCAAUUCUUGGGAGGCGACCUGGCACUCGGCGCUGUUUUGUUGGGCUUCCUUGGCGCAUACAUACCGCAGGUGCUCAGGCUCGGCCAAGGCAGUGCAUGGCAGGUCGGUGGCUUUCGCUACUUCGCAAACCGCGGUCAGCAGGCCUUCUCCGAUGCUGCCCACGCGCUGGCCGGAGAGCAUCCAGGGUAUUUUGAGAAUUCGGUGUUCACCUACUUCGACACUUUCGGAGGGAAGGUUCUUCCUGACAUGGGCAGCUACUCUCGCCUUGUGAGGCUCAUUGAUCGAGGCGUCACGGAUGUCUACGAUCACAAGCGCGGCUUAGAGCUCCGCUUACGUGAAUUCGGCUGCCUGAACGUGUUUGCCCCCACAUACUUUUCCCAGCAAGAGGCGUUGCAGGCAACCAGCUCCGAUCCUGAUGCGCUGUUCUUUGCCAAGCUCCCGGAGCAGAGCGGCGGCCGCGGAAUCCGCGUCCUGCGUCGCGAGGACUUGUGUCAAGAUGACCUGCCCUCGGAGUAUGUCAUUCAGCGUGCUGUGCAGGAUCUGGAGUUGAUUGAUGAGCGGAAGUUUGUUAUCCGAUACUUCUUCGUAGUCCACCAAAAGAGCAUUUAUCUCCACGAGCAUGGCGUUGCGAUCGUGCACGGCGAGAGGUACGACCGUUUGAGCACAAACCUUGGUGUACAGGUUCGACAUGAUUGGUACGAUGACAGUUCCGAGACCAACCUGCUUACCUUACAAUCAGUAGAAGAGGCGCCGCGCUGGCGCCAGGCAAUUGCGACAAAGCUUCGCGAGGCCCUUCCAGCACUGAGCCCACUUCUUGAAGCCAGCAGCUCUGACCGCUACACGCUCGUGGGCGGCGAUGCGCUGAUACAAGGUGACGGUGAGGCCAAGCUCAUCGAGUUCAACAUGUACCCCAACCUGUUCUCCGGCUGGGACAUAGUGGACAAGGACGUUUUCACGCCAAUCCUUAAAGAUAUGAUGGAGCUGAUUCUACUUGGAGAGAGAGCUCCUGGCUUUGUUUGGAAGCUGGAUGCUGAUGACUCCAAAGAAAAGGCAAAACGCAGCUUCUAA